GCGUGUGUGUGUGUGUGUGUGUAGUCAUCCCCAGCCCUUGCCCAAAACAUCAUCUUUUCCCUGUUACGAAAAGCUGAAGCUUCCUGUGCUUACAGCGCCUACAUUCCUUCUGGACUGAGAGUCUUCAUUCCUCCCCAUGGACCACAGAUGUGCAGUGGGAGGGUCUGUCGAAAAGCCCAGGUGGAACCUACACUUAUUUCACAAAAUCAAGACCUUGCUUGCUUUCUACAGAGCAACCCUUUCAUUUCUAGUUUACUGUUAGCACUGCAGGAUAACUGAAGCAUAGGAGGCGUUUGCUUGGUACUGGAAUUCUGCAUCCCUUGUCUCCUCUCAUUUUUUUUCCAUUGGACUCUACAGGCUACCCAAAUCAUUGCGUUUCUUCUGGAUAGCAGCAAGAUUGUGUCUAUCUACUGUUUCUAUGUGCCUUCAGCUUCCUCGCUGCGUCUAGUUCAACUUGUCUAUAAAUACUAAAACACGUUUAUUUCUAGUUCUGCCGUAGCUCUGUGCAUGGAGGUCUCUCUCUUGGAUUAAGCGAUUCGUUCUUUCCUUACACGAGUUCCAUUUCCAGUAUAUAUAUAUAUUUAUAUGUUAAAGCUAUUCUACAUUAUUAUUUUUUGUUGAAUGCUGCUGCAUUGGAGUUUAUUUCGUCUGCCUUUCUGGAAUGGAACUUCUGAUUGCAUUAUUCCUUCAGAAUGCCAGCUAUUGCCUGCUCUGUACAUCAUGAGCUCCAUCCAGCUAAGCCGUGGAUGUUGCAUGACAAUUCUCAUCGUUUCCUUGAGAUUUCAUCUGGUGAUGAGAGAAACAGAAGAGAAUGAAGACACAGCGUCCCCAGUGGAAGCAUGAUACGGCGCAGCGGUAUUGUUGUUGUUGAAUCGCUCUCUCUGAUGGCUCUAUGGGGUUGUUGAAUCGCUCUCUCUGAUGGCUCUAUGGGACUGGAUAGUACUAAGUCUCCAUUUCUGGGUUCUCACUGUCGCUGCUGCUGCAGUUAGUGAUCAGCAUGCCAUCAGCCCCUUCAACUGGCUUCUCUCAGAUAAGGGACCCUUCCAUCGCUCGCAGGAAUACAUUGAUUUUGUGGAGAGAGGCCGGCAGGGAUUUACAACCAGAUACAAGAUUUACAGGGAGUUUGGACGGUGGAAAGUGAAUAACUUAGCUGUCGAACGGAGGGAUUUUCUUGGCUCACCUUUACCGCUUGCACCCGAAUUUAUCAGGAACAUACGAUUACUUGGACGAAGACCAACUCUGCAGCAAAUCACAGAAAAUAUUAUUAAAAAAUAUGGAACACAUUUCCUGCUAUCAGCAACUUUGGGAGGUGAGGAAUCACUUACCAUAUUCGUUGAUAAGAGGAAGCUAAGCAGAAAAUCAGAAGCAGCAGAGUCCAAUACUAACUCCUCUUCAGUGUCUUUGGAAACUCUUCAUCAGUUGGCCGCUUCAUACUUCAUUGACAGGGAGACUACACUUCGACGUUUGCACCACAUUCAGAUUGCAUCCACAGCAAUAAAGGUUACAGAAACUCGGACAGGUCCUCUUGGAUGCAGUAACUAUGACAACUUAGAUUCUGUCAGUUCUGUUCUGGUUCAGAGUCCUGAAAACAAAAUUCAGUUACAAGGUCUGCAGGUCUUACUCCCAGACUAUAUACAAGAACGAUUUGUUGAUGCAGCUCUCAGUUACAUUGCUUGCAACUCGGAGGGUGGAUUUUUUUGCAAAGACAAUGACUGCUGGUGUCAGUGCAGCCCAACAUUCCCAGAAUGCAACUGUCCUUAUAUGGACAUCCAAGCAAUGGAAGAAAAACUGGUCCAAAUACUUGAUACCUGGACUGCUUAUAACAGCGAAUUUGAGGACUCAGAUGAAUUCAAACUCUUCAUGAAGCGUCUGCCUGUGAACUACUUCCUUAAUACAUCAACAAUACUGCAUCUGUGCACAAUGGAUGCCAACUUUCAGCGUCGCUUUGAACAGCUAGACAGCAGUAUGAAACAACUGAUCACCAAGGCACAAAAGAUUGCCCACAAGCUUUUCAGCCUCAGUAAGAGGUGCAACAAGCAACCAUUCAUCACACUGCCAAGGCAAAGGUCAGUUGCCUUUUGGUUGAAUCGCAUUCAGUCUUUAAUGUAUUGCAGUGAGAACGGCCUUGUUGGGAGUUUUUCAGAAGAGACACACAGCUGUACAUGUCCCAAUGACCAGCUGUCUUGCCUAAUGCCAUUACCUUGCAGUAUUGGAGAUGGUCCAUCGUGUGCAUCCUGUGCACCAGAAAACCGCACCAGGUGUGGAAGCUGCAAUCUUGGAUAUAUCUUAAGCCAGGGCUUAUGCAAACCAGAAGUGGCUGACUCAACAGAGCAUUACAUAGGGUUUGAGACAGAUCUGCAAGAUCUGGAAAUGAAAUACUUGCUUCAGAAGGCUGAUAGGAGAAUUGAGGUCCAUGCUAUCUUCAUCAGUAAUGAUAUGCGGUUAAACAACUGGUUUGACCCAUCAUGGAGAAAACGGAUGCUGCUGACACUGAAAAGCAACAAGUAUAAAACCAACCUUGUCCACAUGAUCUUAGGCCUUUCACUUCAGAUUUGCUUGACUAAAAAUAGUACCUUGGAACCAGUUUUGGCAGUGUAUGUUAAUCCAUUUGGUGGCAGUCACUCUGAAAGUUGGUUCAUGCCUGUUAAUGAAAACAGUUUCCCUGACUGGGAGCGGACUAAACUUGAUGGACCUCUUCAGUGCUACAACUGGACAAUAAGGUUGGGCAACAAAUGGAAAACAUUUUUUGAAACAGUGCAUAUCUACCUUAGGAGUCGCAUAAAGGUUAAUGGUAUAAAUGGAACAGAUGUCAUUUAUUACGAACCUUUGGAGUACAUGGAUCCAUCUAGAAAUCUAGGCUACAUGAAAAUCAACAGUAUCCAGGUGUUUGGGUACAGCAUGCACUUUGAUUCAGAAGCUAUCAGAGAUUUGAUUUUGCAAUUGGAUUACCCUUACACUCAGGGCUCACAAGACUCUGCACUGUUGCAAUUGUUAGAGAUACGUGAUCGUGUAAAUAGACUAUCUCCGCCUGGUCAACGUCGACUAGAUUUAUUCUCUUGUUUGCUUCGUCACAGACUCAAACUGUCAACAAGUGAGGUGGUGAGAAUCCAAUCCUCUUUGCAGGCAUUCAAUGCCAAAUUGCCAAACUCUGUGGAGUAUGAAACUGCCAAAUUGUGUAGUUAACCUUUCAAGUUAAGCACAAGUAAAGAACUCCGUAAGAAAAGGGUUUUUUUACAGUCAUUAUUGUGGACUAAAGUUUUUGUUGGAAAAAUACUUGUUUGGAGCUGUACACAUAUGUUAUCUUAUGAGUGUUUCAUUUAUCCUGAAGAACACCAUUCAACUGGGCCAUAAAAUAUUAUGGUCUUACUUGAAUGCAAUUGUGUAAUACCUGACAACUGAAACUGUACGAUUUAACUAAACAUACAACAACAAAAUAAAAAUUUAAUUCUACUUUGUAUUAUAAAUUUGAUUUGUAAUUUUAUAUGUUCCAUUGCAGUGCACAUCUGUAUUAUUUGCUCUGACUGGAACAUAGAAGAAUACCAAUAAAAUUUUGUAGAGAAGCAGUUAUUAAAUGAA